GCAGACCCCCCCUUUUUUCCAGCAUGGCAGAGCAGCCGACCCACGAGCUGCUGGAUUUCCUCCGCCCAGAUACCCGUGUGGACCUGAAGGACCGGGCCACGCACUAUGUGAUGGGGCUGACAGGCGACCCGGAGGGCAGGCAGCUGCUGGCCUCGGAGCCGGAACUUGUGUCCGCCCUGCUGGCCCUGACCAGCGACCGCUCCCCCUGCAUGGCCACGGACGCUUACCUCGCCCUCAUCAACCUGGCUACGGAGCCCGCUGCCCACGGGGCCCUGAAGGAAGGGCUUCCCGUCCUGCUGAAGCGCUUGCUGGAUCCCGCCUUCCCCAUGGCCAACGAGGUCUGCACGCUGCUCUCCAACCUGUCUCGGGAGGAGGCCUCGUCCAGAGCGCUCUUGGCCGCCCUCCAGCAGGAGAGCCUGGGGGGGCUGCCAGCCCUGGUGGACGCCUUCUGCUCCGAAGACUUCAACCCCGAGGCCUCUCUGCACUACCUGGGGCCCUUGCUGUCGAACCUCAGCCAGCUGCCGGAAGCCCGAGACUUCCUCUUGGACAGAUCCAGGCAGGUGUGGGCAGGGGGGAGGGCGCUGGGGUCGAGGGGGGGGGGUUUAUGGGGUGCCUCUGCAUGUGGAGGAAUUGCUGAGGGGGGGUUGCCGUGAGGACUGCCGAGAAGAAAGCGGGAAUAGCAAAUAUAUAAUAGUCCCAACAGAGGCAUGUUCUGAAAAGCAUGAAAGGAGAUUCCAACUAAGCAUCAGGAAGAACUGACAGUGGAAUAAUAAUAACAAUAAUAAUAAUAAUAAUAAUAAUAAUAAUAAUAAUAAUAAUAAAAAAUUUAUACCCCAUCCUCCCCAGCCAAGACUGGGUUCAGGGUGACUAACACCAGGUAUAAAAACACAAUUGAUUGAAAUACAACUUAAAAAACAACAUUAAAAUGCAGCCUCGUUUCAGCAGGAACUCAAAAACUUUUUAGGGGAUGAAAACAUCAAAUCUUCAGCAAGGCCAACUAUCCAGACUGGUCCUACAUGGGCCAGAAAAAAGCCAGGGAAGUCCCCAAAUAGGCGCUCCAUCACAGAAGGAGAAAGGAUAGAGGAGGAGGGGAUCAAGUGGAUUCCAAGCCAAAGGCCAGGCGGAACAACUCUGUCUUACAGGCCCUGCGGAAAGAAAUCAGAUCCUGCAGGGCCCUGGUCUCAUGAGAAAGAGCGUUCCACCAGGCUGGGGCCAGUGUUGAAAAGGCCCUGGCUCUGGUUGAAGCUAAUCUGACUUCCUUAGGGCCCGGGACCUCUAGGGUGUUGCUGUUUAUGGACCUUAAGGUCCUCCGCGGGGCAGACCAGGAGAGGCAGUCCUGUAGGUACGAGGGUCCUAGGGAACAGAUUCCCAUGAGAGGUGGCAGACUUUAAGCAGAGGUUGGAUGGUUAUCUGCCAUGUAUGAGUUAAUUGAGAUUCCUGCAUCGUAGGGGUUGGACUGGAUGACCCCCAGGGUCCCUUCCAACAUUACAAUUCUCUGAUUCUAUGUUUCCUCUCUGAAUUUGGUGAGCUGCCCCCCCCAUCCACCAAUUUGUUCUAAGGCAGCUGGGAGGGGGAGCUGCUUUCCCCCAGGUGAUACAAUUAGUAAAAAGGGACGCAGGUGGCGCUGUGGUCUAAACCACUGAGUCUCUUGGGCUUGCCCAAGGUUGGUGGUUCGAAUUCCCGGGGUGAGCUCCCAUUGCUCAGUCCCUGCUCCUGCCAACCUAGCAGUUCGAAAGCACACCAGUGCGAGUAGAUAAAUAGGUACCGCUCCUGCAGGAAGGUAAACAGUGUUUCCGUGCUUUCUAAAACCAGGAAAACUAAAGAGAAACAAACAGAAAGGAUGGAGCUCUGACAGGAGGGAUCUACCUGGGCAGAGAGAGGUCAUUCUUUUUUGGAAGGGAGGCCUUUCAUUCAGCGUUUGAGAUGCCCCCUGCUUGAGUGACAGGUGCCUCUGAUGGGCCUGCAGUGCAUUAUGGGAGAGAAGGAAGCCCCUGCUUUUCCUUAGGGCUCCUCCUUGACCCCAGAUCCCUUCUUCCUGCCAGGUGUGUGGUGCAGAGGUUGCUGCCUUUCACACAGUACUCACGCUCAUCCAUCCGCCGAGGAGGGGUGGUGGGCACGCUCCGCAACUGCUGCUUUGAAUAUGGUGAGUGGGGGUGCUGGGGGGGUGCUCUCUUUCUCUCUCUCUUUCCUGGCCCAGAUAAACCUGCUGCUUUUCUUUGGCUGUGGGUUGGUGGGGGCUGCUAAAUUUGUCCCUGCAUCGGGAGUCCGCAGGUCCUGCAGUUUCUGCGCUCCUUUUGCUGCCAGUGCCCCCAGUCUCUUGCAGGGGGGGCUUGGACCUCACCCCAGCAGGGUCUUCUUUUUCUUUUGUUAGAGCGUUUAUCAGUUUUCCAAUAAGAAACAUCCAAUUAACAUAUCAAUUCAUAAUCCAAUAAAAAUAAAAAACUAAAAUAAAAUAAAAAUCAAAUUGUCUUCCGAAUUGUAAUUUUGAUUUCACGGCUUCCCACAGUCUGAACCUUGAAGCAUCUCCAAAUCUCGGUUCUGCCUCUCAUCUCUCAUGGAUAUUUUCAUAUUUCCAUAUCUCGAUUUUAUCUCUCCAAGUGUCUCUGGCUCUGCAAUCCUCAAUCAUGUCAGAAUCCCACCCCAGCAGGGUCUUUGCGUGGCUUGUUUCCCCCAGGGCACCACGAGUGGCUGCUGAGCGAAGACGUGGACCUCCUCCCCUUCCUCCUCCUCCCGUUGGCUGGACCUGAGGAGUUUCCGGAGGACGAGAUGGAAAGUGGGUCCCUUUGGGAAGGCUGAGGGAGGGGGGAGAUCAUGCUGGACCUUGGGGGGCAGAGUCUGCCCCAGGAAGCCCCAGCGGGGUGGGCGGGCUGGCAGGGAUGUCUUCGCCCCCUCAGUCCUGCGGGGGCCUUGGGGCAGUGGGGCUCCUGGUGAGAUGGGGCUGGGGGCGCUUGCUUCUCCCUCUCAGCCUGCGCUGUCUUGGCCCCAGGGCUGCCCCUGGACCUCCAGUACUUGCCAGCGGAGAAGAAGAGGGAGCCAGACCCCGACAUCCGCAAGAUGCUCCUGGAGGCCAUUAUGCUGGUGAGUCCCGGCCUGAGAUGGCCUUCAAACCCCCCUGGGCAAGGAAGGACCUUUUACAAAACUCUGCCGUCCUCCUGUCCUCCCCUCCCCUCCCCCUUCUCAGUCUUUGGUUUUAAAAAAACAGACCCUUGGAAAGAAAGAUUGCAGCUCUAUGCAAACUUAAAUCCAUGUGGCUUGCAGAGUUGGAGAAUGUGGAUUUUGCCCUCCCUGCCUCCAGCUCUGAAGAACUGAAGGAGAGCAUCUGCUGGAUGAGGCCACCCCCACCCCACCCCCGUCCAGCAUCCUGUUCUCCCAGGGCAGCCGCAGAGCAGCCGGAGUGUUUGAGGCACUGCUGGGACCUGCAGGCAGGUUUGCCCCAAAGAGGAGAAGGUCCUCAGUUUGGGUGUUGGGGAGACAAUUUGUAGGCCCCACAAGUGCACACAGCUGACCGUCUUCCAUCUCACCCUCCUGGCCUGUUGAGCCUCUUCCCUCCUUCAGGUUCCCCCCUCCCCUUACACUUCUAGGUCUGCUGCUGCUUCCAGCCGGCCUGAUCCUAAACAGAUCCAUAUUUGUUGGGACAGGAAAACCGCCUUUGCCCAGUUCCCCUGGAGGCAGUGCAUGGGGACUCUUUGUCGUCCGCAUGGAGGAGCCCCUCCCUCGUUCAGCUUCCUCCGGGGGUGCUCGAUUCCCACCCUGCGCCUCCAGGCUGACCCUCUGCAUGCCACCCCAGCGACAGGCAACCCUUUUCCGUUUCUCUCCACAGCUCACAGCCACCAAGCCGGGGCGCCGACUAGUGCGAGAGAAAGGCACCUACCUCAUCCUGCGGGAGCUGCACAAGUGGGAAAAGGACCCAGGUGUCCUGGCCGCCUGCGAAAAGCUGAUUCAGGUGGGCAGGAAGGAGGGGGGGGGCAAGGAUUGGCGGCCUGGCUCCCUCUGGCCACUCAGGCCCAGGGAUUGCAGGGAGAAGCUUGGGGUGGGGGAAUCCCUGAAUGGCCCCAGGAUGCUCUGGACAGGGUCUGUUGGGGGGGGGGCUCCUUUGAGACAGGAGGGAGAGCGAGCAGUGUGACCCAUCUGAGAGGGAUUCGGGGGGGGAAGAGUCCAACGUAUUCUGCUUUAAAGGAAAAGGCAGGUUGAUCCCGAUGUGUUUAGCUUGGAGGAAAGAUGAAAGGAAGAACGUGAUGCUCUUUUUAAUCAGUAAGCAGGGAGCAGAAACGGCAAAUAAUCUCCAAGCAUCCAGGCAGAGCCCAUGAGGCGGGUGGGCAGCCAUAGCCUUUGCUUGGUGGUGGUUGAGGUUUGUGGGGUCCAGUUGGGCUGCUGGACAACUCUCAGGCCACAAAAGGAAGCGGUGCAGAAGCUGCUGAGCACUCAGAAUAUUUUCCCCCUUUCCGCUUGUUCAUUGGAAUCCCUGCCCCCUGUUCUGUUUCUGCUUCUGCAACCCCCCUGGGGUGUGCUGUGGGGGGGGCUUUCCAACCCCCCAGGCCCUUCCGGUUUGACCUGAUGCUCUUACGCAGCUGUUUGGGGUCGGGACGUAUGCUGCUUGGGGCUCCGGCCUGAUGGUCCCUUUCCGUCCUCCCUCUGCCCUGAGCAGGUCCUCAUUGGGGACGAGCCGGAGGCCGGGAUGGAGAACCUGCUGGAGGUGGAGAUCCCUGCGGAGGUCGAGGAGCAGCUGCAGCGCCUGGAUCUGGAGGAGGAAGAGCAGCAGCAGCAGUGCAGGAGCCAGGCGUCCGGCUCCGAAGGGCUGCAGAGAUGAGGCGCAGAUAACUGGGACAACAAAGUCCUUCUCUCCCUCCGCGCCUGGCCAGCCUUGAGGCCAAAGCCCCUGAGACUGCAAAGGAGAGUUGGCCAAGGACCUGGGCCAAGGAGCAGCCAGCAGUGGGGCGACAGAACGGAGCCCCUUCAGGAAUGGAAAGGGCAGGAGCUGGAGCGUGGGCCCUCCCUGCCAGCUGUUUGUCCAGGCAGAGCUGGGUGCCCUUCAGUUUGAUAAUAUUGUGGUUUUUAUGUUGAUCUUUUCUGUGAACAGCCCUGAGACAUCCGAGUAUAGGGUGUUAUAUCAUUUCAAUAAGUAAAUAAUAAUAACAAUUCUGCCACCACCUACAGAAAGAGGGCGGUGAGUUGGCAGCCCCAAUGACUCUACUGCCCUCCAAUAAAAUGUUUGCCAGCACAGAAAGAC